AAACUCAUCUGCUGUGUGAUCCCAGUAAAAAACCGUCCCACUAGGUACUCCGCGGCAUCAAACGUCCGAGGCAGACUCUCGGCUUCCUUCCCCCUCCACCUCUCUUCGCUCGCGUAAUGUAUUCCUAAAGAAGGCGCAAAGUGUUAAAUGUUUGAAACACCAAACUGCCGUGUUUCUCAUGCUGAAAGAGGACUCCGCUGCUCGUGCGCGCGGCACCGCUGCGUCUGAGCAAUAGGUUGCAAAGAAAAACUCUUCUUGCACGUGGCUGCGCAAAAAGGGAGGCUGCAAUUCUUCCUUUUUUUGUUUUUGUUUCUUAUUUUUAGUUUCCAAACAAACGCUUAACAAAAAUCAAACUGGCUCACGUCCUUCACAACCAGCCCAGUUUGACAGCUGCUCUUCACCCCGUUUGGAGGACUGUCAGCAGCAGCAGCAGCAGCAGCAAGAGGAUGGCAUCAGAGCUGGCAAUGAGCAACUCCGACCUGCCCACCAGUCCCUUGGCCAUGGAAUAUGUUAAUGACUUCGAUCUGAUGAAGUUUGAAGUGAAAAAGGAGCCGGUGGAGCCCGAUCGCAACAUCAGCCAGUGCAGUCGCCUUAUCGCCGGGGGAUCCUUGUCGUCCACCCCGAUGAGCACGCCUUGCAGCUCGGUGCCUCCUUCCCCAAGCUUCUCGGCGCCAAGCCCGAGCUCGGGGAGCGAGCAAAAGACACACAUAGAGGAUUUCUACUGGAUGUCCGGUUAUCAACAGCAACUGAAUCCAGAGGCGCUGGGUUUCAGCCCCGAAGACGCAGUCGAGGCGCUCAUCAACAGCAGUCACCAACUUCAGUCCUUCGAUGGCUACGCAAGGGGCCAGCAGUUUGCCGGGGCGACCGGAGCAGGAGGCGCCAUGGCCGGAGAGGAGAUGGGCUCCGCCGCUGCCGUAGUGUCAGCUGUGAUCGCUGCAGCAGCUGCCCAGAACGGGGCACAACACCACCACCACCACCAUCACCACAUCAACAGCAGCCACCACCAGGCGCCGAGCGUCCAGUCCAACGGCACCUCUGGGACGAAUCACUCCCACAUGCGCCUGGAGGAUCGGUUCUCAGAUGAGCAGCUGGUGACCAUGUCGGUGCGGGAGCUCAAUCGGCAGCUGCGGGGGGUCAGCAAAGAAGAGGUGAUCCGACUGAAGCAGAAGAGGAGGACCCUAAAGAACAGAGGCUACGCGCAGUCCUGCCGGUUCAAGCGGGUCCAGCAGCGGCACGUCCUGGAGGGGGAGAAAACGCAACUCAUGCAGCAGGUCGAGCAUCUAAAGCAAGAGAUAUCCAGGCUGGUCCGGGAGAGGGACGCGUACAAGGAAAAGUAUGAGAAGCUCAUCAGCAACGGCUUCAGAGAAAAUGGAUCCAGCAGUGACAACAACCCUUCAUCUCCGGAGUUUUUCAUGUCAUCAAGAAAAUUCCUGCAUCUGUGAUUUCAUGCCUCUCCCGUCAUCUUUGACCUGGGUUCUUUAAGAUAACACAACGAUAGCGAUUGCAUCCAAGCGGUAGACCACUUGCACCAAGAAACCUACAAAGCACAACAUCAAUGAUGAAGAACAGCAAAGAGGACCUACUAGAAUCUCUCCAACCCGCCCACUGAAGAUCUUAAAAGUCACCUUUUUUUUUUUUCAAUUUUCCUCCUUGGUAUUUUACCUGCAGCUUUUCUACAAAACAAGAGAAAAUAAGAAAAAAAUAAGAGACUCAUAAUCAUGAGAUGAUUGAGAACAGCAGAUAAAUACUUUAGAGAGACUAUUUUCUUUCGAGUGUGAAGAUCAAUGAUGCAUGCUUCUGUAAAUAAAUCAUGACAACACCCUUUUUCCUGAAAUAGGCAGCAUAUCCGGUUGCUGUCACCAAAUUCAUAAACCUUAUUACUGUGGAGUGAGUACUCAUAAAUUGAUUUACCUCACAAAACCUAAACACUUUUUAUCAACCCAAAGCCCAUGAAAUGUUCAUUUGAAAUAGGAUUUUAUUGUCUUUAGUAUUAUUUUACAAGAGACAGCCAAAUCUUCCUGUUUAAUAUCCACAUAAUUAUAUGUACAUAGAAAUUAGUGAAGACAGCAGCAUGGACAAACCUAUAGUGUAACUGUAAACUAGUAAACCACUCAGUAUCUCAUUAUUGCAUAACUUAGUUAAUGAAUUUGGGUUUUCUUUGUCUUCAGUAAAUUUCAUAUGUUUGAUAUUAAGUAAUUUUUGUUGUAUUUGAAUAGAUACUUAAACAUAGGCAUUAAAAGCUGGAAAUAAUCUGGUUUUGUCUUUUUGCUAUACCUGGAAAGUCAGGUGAAUGGGAAAAAUUAUUGUCCUGACAAAAACUAAAAUGUUUAAGAAAACACAUAUUUUUUAAUGUUAAUGUUGGACCUUUUUUCCUUGUAUAUAAUUCCCAAUGCAAUAACUGUGCCCCCUCUAAAUGUCAAUUUCUGCUGUAAGCAAAGCUUCUGAGCGUCUGAGUGGAACUGAAGCUUUUUUUUUUUUUUUUUUUUUUUUGCACAGUUCCAAACUGUGCUCUAUACCUGAGCCUACAGAUGAGGAUCCAAAAUGGAAUUCCUCCCUAACUGCAAUAUGGAUAUGAGGACUUAUCCCCUGUCUUCCAUGAACUUUGAUAGUAACCAAAUGCACUGAGAGAUAAAAUACCCAGCCAACGAACAGAUGACCUCAAUGAUUAGUCCCUUGUCAAUGAAGGCAGAAAAUAUUUGCAUGAACAGCAGGGGAAACCUAUUGUAGCUUGUUGGACAGAUAUUCUUCGCCACUGCACACCCUCUCUACCUCUUGAGAUAUUUAUGUCCUGUUAAUGGCUCCUUCAGUUAUCCCAACAGUUCACGUAUCUGUUGCAUGUUCCAGAGUUCCACAAAGAAGGUUCAGCACUGAAUCCUGUGUAGUGAUGUGGAAAACAUUGAUUAUUUCCUUUGAACUAAAUACACCCAUUGCUUGUUGCUGUAUAUAUGUACACUAGGAUGAGUAUGUGUAGUCUCAGAUGCUGUACUCUGCAUGUUAACUUGUAGAUGGAACAUAACAACUACUCAUAUAUAAGGACAUGCAGAUUGAAGCACUACGUUGGUUUAACAUCCCCUUAUUUUUGUCCUGAGAAUGUACAGUACCAUGAUAACAACAAAUAUUUUAGUUUCUCUCAUUAUUAACUGGAUAACUAAUUAUCUUUAAACCUAUUAAAGUGAAUCACACUCUUCCUUUUAAUUUCUGAGACCUGCCCAUAGCAAGCUCUAGGAGGAGAAUGGAAGUGGGAGUUGGAUUGGGGUCUCUCACUUACUGUAAGUGCCAGAAAGCAAAUAAGCAUGUCACAUCUUGCCAACAAUUGUGUAUUCAUCAAGUGUCAAAAAACGUAUACAUUUCUAUGAGCCUACAGUACACACUGGCAGACAGGUCCAAGAGCAAAGAGUGAGACAGAAGGCAAGACCUAAGAGAAAAAAGGAAAAUAGUGGCUGAAUUCACUAAGACAAUAUUGAAGUAUUUUAGUGGCCUGACCAAGUACGUGAUCACUUAUUUCCUGACCUCCGUGGAGAGCUGAACAACCCCUUGACCUCAAACUGUUAUACCAUAAUGUAGCUCUCUGGGCUGCUAUGACCUCACGUCCUGUCUGAGGUUAACUUUGUGUUAAUGAGAAGACCCCUUAGCUCAACCAGAUGUUCAGCCUUCUGGUUAAAUACCUGUAACCCUCUGUGAUUUAAAAAAAAAAAAAUGCUCACUGCAUCUGCUUGAUUUCUAGAAAUAUUGAUAAAAAUACUUCCCCAACUAAAUAACUGAAUUGAUGCAAACCUUUCAAUCCCUCUUCUAAGAUCAAAAGUGGUUUCAUUCUGCCAAAAAAAAAACUACAAGUCUUACUUUAAAUCCUGCACAUGAAAUCAAAACACAUUCCACACACACAUUACUGUAUGUCUUGCUGUAUGUUGUGAGGACCAUGUACCGACUCCCAUAGACUUCCAUUGAUUUUUAAUUAUUUCCAAUCCUUUCUAUGUUCUAACUCUGAAAAUAUCCCUAAAUCUAAUCAUUACCCAUGCAUCCUUAACCCUAUUCUUAACCUAAACUCAGUUCACACCUUGGUUCUAAACCAAACCUUUUCCAAUUUUCCAAAAAACAAACAAAAAAGACAGGAAGUGAGGAACAGCAAAAUGCCUUGACUUUGGUACAAACCGUCCUCAGUUUGAAGGUGAAAUUACCAAAAUCGUCUUCACUCUGAUGCCAAACAGGACUACAAACACACACACCUUUUUCAUCAGACUAUGUCCUACAGUACUGUGGUGCCAACGAUGAAAAUAUUUUUUUGUUAAAUUUUGCAUGUCAGAUCAAGUAAAAAUAUUUACAGUCUGGUAAGCAAUUUAGGACUUAGGUCUUAGCUGUGAUUAGUUAAAGAAGAUUUAAAACUCAGAAAAGGAUGAAGAUGCCACUCAAAAAGGAUACACAUGAAAACAAACAAGACACUGAUGGAGUCUCUCCAAGGCUUGCUUAGACAAGAAACAAAGUCCUUUUACUUUUGAAAAUUUGUCAGUGUGACUGGUAGAUAUACUUUUUUCUAAUUUAUUUCGGUGAAUACUCUUCAUUUACCUGACUAGUACAAAAAUGCAGUGUUUAACACUUCUAUAUGUAAAAUGGGUAUUGAUGCACAAAAAUACAGACAAAAAACACUUCCCUGGUCUUUCGCUUACACACACUCAUAUACACACAUAAAAAAAAAAACAGUAUGUUAAUCAAAACAGAAAGGCUGUAUGUAAACAGAUCGCCUACAUAAGGAGAUUGUUCAGUGUGCAAACAAUAGGCUGUUAGCAUAAUCACAGGUCAAAGAUAUAUUACCCAGAGGGCCAUGCUGUAUGUAUAUUACCAUGAUGGAUAUGAAGAAGAGAGGAGGGGAGCAAGGGUAGUUCGAUACUGAGCCUCACUAAUUCCGAUUUACCCCCUAUCGGGCCUUAUCCACCGCCCUCUAUGGUAAGCUGUCCUUUUUAGACCACACUUAAUCAGCCUCUCAUCUUUUCCUUGUAUUCCUAUCUGCCUGUUUCUCAAAAACUUGGCUCCCCUUUCUCUUAGCCCCAGAUUUCUUCUAAUACCUAAUUAUCUAAUUUCAACCCUUACCUACAUAUUUUCUAUCCUUUCAUCUCUUUUUCAUCACCGUCUUUUCUUGGACAGAUAUAAUCAGCUUCAGUAAAGUCAUCAAAUCCCUUUCUUUAGUCAGUGGGGUAACCAGAUAAAGAAGCCCCUGCAAUCUUGUUUUACGGAUUUAACAAACAGAAGCCUGAGUGAUACUAAGCUUUUUAACCUGCUACACACGUGUCUAAUAAACAAGAGAAAGAAGCAGAAACAUGUUUUGUGGGUCCAUACCGGGUGAUUCAAGAUUAUUUCUACAGUCAGUUAAUCAAAAAGCUCACUGCUGAUGAACAUAUCUCCAUUUUACUUGACUAUCAUGUAAUUCGUUAUAAUUCUGGAUCAUUAGGGUCAUACUGUAUGCCUACUUAAGCUUUAUGCAUCUCUUGACCCAACGAUACAUAUUAGGCCAACAGUAAUCCUGUCAUGAUUAGUGUUUCCUGUUUAUAGUCGGAAGACAAAGAAGUCAAAUUCCUGGUUAAAAAAAACCCCCAAAAAAACCCAGCAAAAGCUCCCCUUGAGGUUGAAAUUGUUUCUGGGGAAGUUUGUAUAGUAGCCCUGCAUAUAUUAUUCUUUGUUGCUAAAGAGAAUACUUUAAUGCACUCAACUCAGGUGUUACGAGAACUUUAGUUUUAAUGUCCAACGUAAGCAAAAGGCAUUUAUUCACCCAUGAAAAUAAACAAUAGUAGGACUAACUCAUGUGUAGUGGCAGUUCUUUACUCAACAGCAGUACACCACUUAUCUUGGAUAAUCAGCUUAGAACAAUUUUUUUACCAGUACUUGCCAGUUAAUAUUUUUUAAUCACUAUUUUGAAUAAAAUCUGAGUUAAACUAUUUAUUUUAAAAUAAUUCACAGUGAAGUAACCAAUGUCAAUGACUUUUCUGUUUUUAAUCCAAACCAACAGGGUGAUGUACAAUGUCUGAUAAAUGACUCAGACACAUAAGUACAAAAUAAAUCAGGUACUAUACUGUAUGAACUGACACAUUAAGGUGUUCAUUCCAAUUCUCUAAAUCUGAGUAAAAAAAAAAAUAUUUCAUACGUAGUAGAUUGUGAUGCACAUAUACAAUGGAUUAGAUUUGUUUAAAUAGCCAAUCGGUAGCAAAGUCAGAGAAGGCCUCCUUAUCUGACAGAGCUAAUAACAGGGAUGAAUAACACAGCUUGUAAAGUCCUUGCACCCAUCUUAUUCUAGCCCAUGCAUAAGCUUGAGCUCUCUGCCAGCUUCACCAAAAUGAGAUGGGCUCCCAAGAAGAUUGGGGGUGAAGGCAGGGGUAGAGAAAAUCGGAUUAACUACAAUGCCUCAAUUGUAAGAAAUAUCUGGGCUGACUCCAGUUAAUUCCACUGACACAUGUUGUAAACUAAAUCCUUAAUUUCUGACUAGGGAUUGUUUGAAACCACAAUUAACCGUGGUGAAAUUGCUUAAAUCAGUAUUUUUUUCAUUUUCAAGUUUUUCUAAAAGAGUUUGUACUGAGGCUAAAUAUUCUUAAUGGCAUUAGAAAAACAAAUGAUCAGCACUGGAGCCAGACAACCGAGAGCAAACUAAAAGUAGGCUAAAUUUGACUAGAUUCUAGUUCGCCUUCUUUGAGAAACAACUGAUGCAGCAAAUGUACAUGAAAAAUAGCGACUGAAGUCUUUGGUCAUUGUUUACUUUACUUGAAGAUCAAGUAGAGCCAGCCAGCAGGGUAAAAGGUAACAGUGAUUAUGUUUUAAUCUUUCCCUGCCAUCUGAUGGGCUCAGAUGGCAAGACUAUGAGGAUGAUGAUACUUAGGUUUGUCUUUAGCGUUUAAAAUAAAGAUUAAAGGGACUCAACUACUGUUGUAAUGGAGACAUGCUGUUUCUCCCUGCUGUGAGCAGGUUGUAUUCCUUCCUUUUUUGAAGUAGUGAAAAGUAAGAGAGUCCAGAAAGUUACAAAUAUGGCCCUUCUGGGCUCCCUACAAAGCAGAGAAAAAAAUAAUGUCUUCCAAUUGUUGUUUAAAGCUACAAUUUUUCGCUUUAUAAAUUGUAUAUCAUCACACUUUCCUGAUAAAAAUAGGGGACUGUAGUUAUGCCUCUCAACAUGCAAAAGAAAGUUUAGUUUUCAGCUUAGGUUUCUCCAAAUGGCGAAAGGGAGCAACUUUCUCUACUUUGCAUCCAUCCAUUGCAUCAGUCAGUUUAUCAGUUGUUAACAUGCAUUUAAGAUAACUAUGCUGAUAAACAAUUACAGGUUUAUGAUUACUAAUCACAACUAGGGUCUUUAUUGUUGCCCCCCUCCCAUUUCAAUCAUUCUGUUGUAUAACCACAUUAUUUCCCACAUGUGCCUGAAUGAGGGGUUUGAUUUAAAAAAAUCUGACCUUAUGGCUAGCUGUGUUAUUACCUGAGGGGUUGUAAGCUGCUGUAACAGAUUCUGGGGUCUUAUUACUAGGGCAAUCAGCCCCUUGACACUUGGCCUUUCCUGACCCCAGUCAGAGAUAAGCUUUAUGGGAAAGUACAUUAACACACUCUGGCAGUCACCCCCCUCUUUAUAGAAAGCAGUCCUCAGAAAUUAAGUGCUUAUGGACCCCCAGUGAGAGGACAGUUCUGCUGAUUGCCCAUAUUAGAGGCUGACUGUAAAUGAACUGGAGAUGGACAAAGAACUCGCAGUAGUGGGGGAAAGUGAGGAUAGGAUACUGAUGUUCUUGCUAAAUAAGCAAUAGUUUUAAUGACCUCAACAUCCUUUGAAGAGGUUACCAGUCCCUACAAACACUUUAAUGAUAAAUAAGUAGGAAAAACAAAUUUUCUGACAUCAACUUCAUUAUUUAAAAAAAUGACACAUAACAGGUUUAUGAUCAUACAAAGUUAUAAGUUUUUUUUCCUUUUCUGUUAGGAGACCUAUGAACCAAAAGGUUCACCAGAUACACUUUUUUAAUCACUACUUUUUAAUUCUAUUAUGGAAGUUUUACUGUAGCUAUAAAAAUGCAAAACAUUUAAAAAUAAAAAUUCUAUGUUAACCAUUCUGAGUGCCUGCUUACAAUCUGAUUGUGUGUGUAAAAUCCUCUCAGCAUGUCUGCAUUGAUGGAUGGUGAUAGGCCCGAGUCUUUGUACACAACAGGGGGGGCCUACUCUUGUCACCGGACAGAUACAGGGAGUUGCAAAGAGAAAGAUGUAACCACAGCUUAAUGUCUUUCUCUGGUGCUGUGCAUGCUCUUUCCUAUUUGCUUUUCCCUUCACGGCACGGUUAACAUCGUAAAUUAACCUUUCCAAGCCCCCUGUGCUUACAGACUAAGGCAAAACACAAAGGAAAAAAAUAGUUCUUUGUUAUGCAAUAUGGCGAGUGCUGGUCAGAGACAUAGCCUGCUACAUUGUUCAGUUUUUCAUUUUUUCCAGUGAUUGGGGAUAAAACAAUAUACCUUGUUCAUUCAAGCAUAUUUUAUGUGCAUGUCCUGUGUACUCGAAUCCAUACAAGGCUGCCUUUUGUUCUCCAUCCUAGAAAUGUAAAUGUCGCACAUGGAAACAAAAACCAUAUUAGAUCCUUCUUUUAUUGGUUCAAUCCUGUAAAUAUGAUGUAAAUAGCAAACAGCUAUGCAUGCUAAUAUACAAACAAUUUGUUCAGGUACUUUUUUAAUCCAGACUUCUCAUAUGGCAUGUAAUAAUGACAAAAAGCAAAAAUUGAAGCAGCAUAAAAAUUGUAAAAAAAAAAAAAAAAAAAAAGUAUAUACAUAUGGUUUGUAAUGAUGUCAAAAAUGGAAAAAAAUGCCUUGGGUGGUUAUGUUUUCUUACUGAUAAGUAAUGCAUCAGUCGGCCAUUUACUCCAGUGCUCCACUCAUGUUAUUUAAUGUAUUUUUAUGUUCCAUAAGGUGGGGUUAGGGUAAAACAUGACCGUUGACUACUAGUCUGUGAAAUAAUGUCAGUAGUAAUCACAGUGCGGACAAAAAUUGUGUUUCUGUUGUUAUAUUGCUUUAAUUUUCCAUUGUCACUGCAUGGUUACAUGCAUACUACUGGGUAUGAAGCAACAACAAAUAAAUGUUUUGGAACGUAUCUGCCAUUAGAAUUAUCUCAGCAAGAAAAAAGGCAUUUCACCAGCUUUACUAAGUUCAAUUUUUGGAAAGACAUGUUUCUGGAAAAUAAAUGCAAAUUAUAAUAACAGAACAAUUAUUUUCAGCGAUUAAAAGUUUUCCAUGUAUUACUAAUAUGGAAAGAGGACUCAAGUAAAUUUUUUUUUAUCAGAUUUUUUUCUACUUUUGUAAAACAAUGUACAUUAAAAAAGACAUGUAUAUCCAAAUAAAUCCUUUUGCCCUAGCAGCUUUAUUGUGGCACUGCAUGAACGAAGAAAUGGAAAAAAACUGUAUUUAUUUAUUUAUUUUAUUUUAUUUUUUAUUUUUUUGUGAGGGGUGGGUGAUGGGGUGGUUUUUAAGAGUGUCGAUUGUAAGCCAUGCUAGACCAUGUUAAAUCCCAAGGCGCUCAUGGUAGAGGGACGUAUCUAAUUUCUAACCUGUGCUAAAGAUAUUUUAAAUUUAAUAAAUAAGUAUUGUAACAAGAAA